GGGCAAAGAAAAUGUGGAUCACUACGACGUCGGCCACUGCGCUUCAUUGGCCGACGGUGCGAGGAAGCUUCGGGAGGGGGACCCCUUGCACAAGAGACUUGCCGAGAUACUGAAGGUCGGGUGGAAGCAUUGCAAGGUGCACAAGAGGGGGGCACAACCGUGCGCUCGGCGGUGGCUCAAGAAGAAGGGGAACAUCGUGAACGACCAGGUCGCGCAGACAGGCCCGCUGGAGGUAUGGAGGGAAUCAUUGCAAGUCCAGUCCAUGUUCGUGCGCAGGAAGAAGGCGAUGAGCUGGGCCGUCUCGGCUCAGGGCCAGAUUGGUUUGGAGGACAAGCGGUUCGAGAUGGCUUGCGUUGCCUACCCUGGGCGAUGGCCUUGCAAGCGGCCCCUUGAGAAGUGCGUCACGUUCGCUCAGGAUUCCAAGAAGAUCUUGCUGUCGCCGCAGUCCGAAACUACAGUAUGGGAUGAACUCGAACGGCGAGCUAUGCAGGAGUCCGACCUGUCCAGCCCCGCCGUCAUCGCCAGCAUGCAGAAGAUCUUCUCGGCGGGCGAGGUUCUCAUCAAGGUGCUCGGCUACGUGGACUUCGGCCCCCAGGUGAUCGUCGACUUGCUGCUGAUGAUGAUGCCGAAGCUGGACAUGAUUGGCAAGUGUCAGAUCUUCCCCAACGGCCUGGCUGACGUCGGCUGCACAGCGAUCGCCAAGAUCGAGGAGUGCGACGUGCACGAUCCUGUGAAAGAGAUGCGGGAUACGCUGACGUACAAAGGGCUUAAUACUGGCGGGAAGGCUCGCUCCAAGGAUGCCGUCAUCGCUGCUCGGGCGAAGGCGAAGCUGGCGAAGGUGAAAGCGGGCAAGAAGGCAAAAGCAAAGUCAAAGGGGGCUGCGGUGCCUAGAGGAUCGUGCCUCGCACCACUUGCCAUGGACAUGGGCAUCCUGGAGGAGAUCGAAGAUAAAUCUGCUGACAUGACCAUCUUGAGCCACAUCGAGACCACGAAGGCAUACUUGGUUGCGAAGGACCCACGGCAGCGCGAUCUUGCUGAGGCGUUCAGGCUUGCUGGCUUCAAGGGCCUCUUCCAGAGCAGCAGCGGCGGCAUUGAUAUUACGAUCAAGGGCGUCGCCAAGGUCGUGAAGGGGCAUCUGGCCGACGCGUUGUUAAAGCAGCCCGAGAUCGAGACCGAGGAAAUGUUGGUGGCAGAGAGUAUUUCAUUUUCGAAGGCCGAGUUGGUAGAGAUCGUAGAAGAAUCGAAGGACGACAUAGAUAUUUUCAUCAGCGCUAUGACAAUCAAUCCACCCGACAUCCCAGUGACGGGGCACGUCUGUGCAGCAAGUGCUUUGACUAAGUCCAUGGUGGCUGUCAUGACGUCGUUGGCGAGCAUUUCCCCGCUCAUGAACUCCGAGGUCGCGUACGAUCCCCUCGUCGAAGAGACGAGCGAGCAGGUCAUCGAGAUCUACCCUUUGACAUGGGAUACGUAUGCCAAGCUAAUCGAAGACCUCUCCGUCAAGGGCGACAUGCGCGUGCUGUCCGAAUUGCACCCACCCUGCAAAGCUUUGUUCGACAUGAAGAUCACGACCAGGAUGCUUCACCCACUUCGAGAGCAGCUCCACCUGCACUUGGUGUCUUCCCUGAGCACACAGAUGGCGCUCGUGCAGUCUGGCACCAGCGCAGUGCCCGCGCCGUACGUGCCCAUGUGGGUCGUCGAUGCUCUCGUGCAGAGGUGCAACUUGAUUGACGCGAAAGGCUUUGCGAAGGCGAUGGCCGACUUGAAGGAGUUCCUGGAGAAAGCCAGCCACACGGCAGUGCAACGCCGUGCCAAAGACGAAGGGCUGAAGAUCAAGCAUACAGAUAUACCAUCGGUCAUGGACUUGUUCCCAACAGAACGGGUGAAGGUGAUAUCGUUUGUCUUAAAGGAGUUCGACGCUUCGCGGCCUGAGUGUGCAGCGGCCAUGUUGAUCUACAACGAUCUUAAGGACUGCGCGGACAAGGCCGUUGUGAAGAAAUUCAACCCAGAAUGCCCACCGACAGUAACCCAGAACGAGCAGGCUGGCACUGUGGCCCAACUGCAGGACAAGAAGGACGAUACCAACAAGCCCAUGGAGUACUUGACGUGGGCGCAGAGGGUUGUGGCCAACGAGAAAGCUCAAUCGACUGACGGGUUGACACUGGCUGAGCGCCGCGACGUGGUGUCAGCAUUGCAGAAGCGCUUCGACGACAUGAACAGGACGGGCUACCCUUUCUACUCCACGCUCGGCCUUGUCAUCGACGUGAAGAUGCCAGAGCCCAAGAGCGACGCCAAGGGAAAGCAUAAUGCCGAGCCGAAGCUCACAGUGACGAUCGGGGCCAUCUCCAACGAGGCCGCGAAGCAGAAGGACGAGUUGACUCUGGAUGCCACCGGCCUCCCACUUUGGGGCACUGUGGUUUCAAAGGUUGUGGCCGACACCAUCCCCAAUGGCAUGGUGUGCAGCAUCGGGGACUCUUACGGGAACGGCCCCCAGCUCUUCUUGGAUGGAUCCAAGCAUUGCAACCCACGCGCAUCUACUUGCAACUUGGGUUGGCUACUGCCCCUCCACCUGCCCAAGGAUGCGAAGGAGACGACGCCUGUCGACGAGGAGACGGUGCCCAAGGAUACGCAGCCCGAGCUUUCUGUGGUGCCAGCGCCUGCUGCCGAGGGGCAGCCCGCCAAGAAGGCGCGCAAGGCGCCGCCGCAGGUGAAGCAGCCGAAGUGCAUCGCCGAGGUCAUCAUGAAGGAGGUGUCGAUUGAGGUCAACGGCAUCAAGAUCAACCCCCUAGGGCCCGUCGGCGCCAAGGUGGCGAGGCAGGCGGUGGGCAGGGACCUCGAGCGCAGGGGGAAAACGGUGAGGGCCCAGAAAGAGAAGGGGCCGUCCUUCCUCGUGCUGUGA